ACGGCGUGUUCAUAGCCUGCUCUGGGUGCUUGGGCAUAUUCUCAAGCCGCCAUCACAACGUUGGGCUUGUCCUAUUCUAAAUUUACCCCCAUCUUCAUCCACAAUGCGUUUCGUUCAGUACGUCUCGCUGGCCGGCCUCUUCGCCGCUGCCACAGUUUCUGCAGGCGUCGUUACCGUCCCCUUUGAGAAGCGCAACCUCAACCCCGACUUUGCCCCGUCACUGCUGCGUCGCGAUGGCAGCGUGAGCCUUGACGCCAUCAAUAACCUCACUGGAGGUGGCUACUAUGCCCAAUUCAGCGUUGGCACGCCGCCUCAGAAGCUGAGUUUCCUUCUCGAUACCGGCAGCAGUGAUACCUGGGUCAACUCCGUCACUGCGGACCUCUGCACAGACGAGUUCACUCAGCAGACUGUUGGAGAAUACUGUUUCAGACAGUUCAACCCAAGGAGGAGUAGUUCCUAUAAGGCGAGCACUGAAGUCUUCGACAUCACCUACCUUGACGGCCGCAGGAUACGAGGCAACUACUUCACGGAUACCGUCACCAUCAACCAGGCGAACAUCACGGGCCAGAAGAUUGGCCUAGCCCUGCAGUCAGUCCGCGGCACAGGCAUCCUGGGCUUGGGAUUCCGGGAAAACGAGGCAGCCGACACCAAGUAUCCCACCGUCAUCGAUAACCUGGUGUCUCAAAAGGUCAUUCCUGUUCCGGCAUUCAGUCUCUACCUCAACGACCUGCAAACUAGCCAGGGCAUCCUCCUCUUUGGUGGUGUCGAUACCGACAAGUUCCACGGCGGCCUUGCCACUCUGCCCCUUCAGUCGCUGCCGCCGUCCAUUGCCGAGACCCAGGAUAUUGUCAUGUACAGUGUUAACCUUGAUGGCUUCUCGGCGUCUGACGUUGAUACGCCCGACGUCAGCGCCAAAGCCGUUCUCGACUCUGGCUCAACAAUCACCCUCCUCCCAGAUGCUGUCGUGCAGGAACUUUUUGACGAGUACGACGUCCUCAACAUUCAGGGACUCCCCGUUCCUUUUAUCGACUGCGCCAAAGCAAACAUCAAGGAUGCCACCUUCAACUUCAAAUUCGACGGCAAGACGAUCAAGGUGCCCAUUGACGAAAUGGUCUUGAACAACCUCGCCGCGGCUUCAGACGAGAUUAUGUCGGAUCCCUCCUUGAGCAAGUUUUUCAAGGGUUGGAGCGGAGUGUGCACCUUUGGCAUGGGCUCGACCAAGACCUUUGGCAUCCAGUCUGACGAGUUUGUCCUGCUGGGCGACACCUUCUUGCGGUCCGCCUAUGUCGUCUACGACCUGCAGAACAAGCAGAUUGGCAUUGCCCAGGCGACGCUCAACUCGACCAGCAGCACCAUUGUCGAGUUCAAGGCGGGCUCCAAGACCAUUCCCGGCCCUGCUUCCACGGGCGACGACUCUGACGAUUCGUCGGACGAUUCAGAUGAAGAUUCUGCCGGUGCUGCUCUUCAUCCUACAUUUUCUAUUGCUCUGGCCGGCACCUUGUUCACGGCCGUUUCCAUGAUGAUGAGUGUACUAUAG